UUUAAUUAUGAAACUUGGUUGAUAAAUCGUUUGUUCGGUCACAGGGUUUCGCUAACUAAAGCUACUUAGCUAACCAAGGCUAACACAUCGGAGAAGUUAGAAGCUGGAAAACACUCGCUGUUACCGUUAGCUCAAAAAAUCGUUUUUAAAAAACGUAGGUCUUAAGUUUGUAAUUCAUCAGUAAGAGAAAUAAUAUACAUAGAUCCACAAAUGCUGUUAUUUUUAGGUUGAACUAAAUCUAAACAAUCCGCUAGAGGCUAACACUCAGGCACAGCUGUGUUGACGGUUGUUGGCCAGAAAUGCGUUUGCCCUGCGUUAGUUAAGUCAGACAGGUUAUUAAAGAAGAUAUCUUUACAUAUUUUAAUAUAAUCAGAGAAAGUACAGAACAGUUAAUAAUGCGUGUCUAAAUUAGUAUAAUGAUCUUAAUUAAACUUAAAGCUGUUUUGUGUAAUUUAAUACUUUUUUAAACCUCUUUUACUUUUUUGCGGUGCAUGGUGAAGGGAGAUUAUUAAACGUACUGGGCUGAUUACUGAUUGCUUAUUAAAGAACAAUAGAAAGCACCUGGUCACGAUUUGCACAUAUAGACUUUUAUCGCAGCAGACGCUGCGGAAAGAGCACAGAUUGAUGGCCAGUCUCGCUCCUCCCGUCCCAUCUGCUCUCGCCUCAUUUCUCUCCAUGUUGCUUCCCCGCGGCUUUGCCGUGGGGCCUUCGCGGCUCUGUGAGGGCAGGCUGGGGCUGUGGUGGGUUGGUCGCUCGCUGGAGGCUGGAUCCCUGCUGGGGAGGGAGGGGGACACAGAGUGGACCUGGACCUAUCACACCGACCUGAUGACUCACAGCCGAGAGAGUGAGCUCAUGAUGAACUCUGAGUCCAGAACAGGUCAGAGCAACAGCACUGAGGCAGAAAAGGCACUGAUAGAGAUAGCAGCAAAUAAGGAGGAUCUUCUGCAAAAAGCCGUCUGGAUCAACUUUGCCUGCCAGGCCCAAAGCAGAGCCCAGCAGAAUGUGGCAGUGCAGUGUGCAUGUGGAGAGGUGUGUGUGGGUGAGUGUGUGGAUGUGCAUCUUCGUGUGUGUGAGGAUGUCCAGGCAGGGACAGAGCUGCUGUUGUAUGACGAAACUUUGGGAAAAAGUCAGACGACAGACGAGCCUGACACACAGGACAACUCCGCUGCACAAGACACAGACAACAAGGUGGAACACAAAAAAGACUCAGAGGCUGUAAUUAACAACAUAUCAAUCACUGAAGAAAAGGAAGAGGCAGAUGACAAACAAAAGGAGAGAAUACAGGAAGAAGGGAAGGAGGAAGCAUACAGAAACCCCCACAGAUGCAUCAAGAGGAGUCACUCAACCAGGCACAGGAAGGAGAGGAGGGAGAGGAGGAGAGUCGAGAAAAUCCUGUCUGAGCUGAGUCAGGACAGUGACGGACAGCAGGACAGUGGCACUGAUAGUCAAACAGACAGAACAGCCAACACAGCAGCAGGUGGACACACAGACGGAACAGGUACAGUCCCGUCACACUGUGACUCUGCAGACAGACAGACUGACCGAGGCCUCUACACGACCCCUCCUGUCCGGUGCAGUUCCCGUCUGGCUGCUAAACCACGACGGGUUCACUGUCUGACCGGUCGGGGCAAACGACCCCCUCCCCAGCCCGACCCACCUACACAGACAGAAGGACAGAGCCUGAGCUCCACUGACGGCGCCAAGCCCGUCCCAGAACAGUCUUUUCCUGUGAAGGUAUUACUCCCUGACACUGAGGCUGUUGCAGCAGCUCCGACAUGGUCUCCAGAUCUCAGAGAGAGGCGUUACAGAUGUUCCAGCUGUGGUAAGAGGUUCUACCAGCUCGGUCACUUAAAGAAGCAUCAGUUCAGUCACACAGAGGAGAAACCCUUCACCUGCGGAGAGUGUGGGAAAAACUACACCUCUGCAGAGAGCUUCAGAGCCCAUCAGAUGAGUCACCGAGGGGAGCGUCCGUUCUCUUGUCCUCACUGUGAGAAGACCUAUGGACUGAAGCGGGACCUGAAGGAGCAUAUGGUCCUGCACACCGGAGAAAAACCUUAUACCUGCGAGCACUGUGGCAAGGCAUUUGCACGCCGUCCCUCCCUACGCAUCCACCGCCUCCUUCAUUGCAGCAGAAUGAUCUACACACAGCCUCCAAAGGUGCAGUGCACACUCUGCCCCAAGCUGCUGGCUAACUUCGGCUCUCUGAGGAACCACAUGAAGCUCCACACAGGGGAAAAACCUCACAUCUGUCAGCACUGUGGAAAGUGCUUCAGACAGAAAGGAAACCUCGAGUGCCAUUUGAGAAUUCACAAUGGAGAGAAGCCGUAUCCCUGCACUGAGUGCAACCUGAGUUUCUCCCAAAAACCAGAGCUUCACCGGCACAUGUUUUCCCACACCGGAGGAGGUUUCCUCUGUAGCUACUGUGGAAAAUCACUGAGGGACCCACACAGCCUGAAGUCCCACGAGAGACUGCACACUGGAGAGAGGCCGCAUCGCUGCCCUAUCUGUGGAAAAGGAUACACGUUGGCCACCAAGCUGAGGAGACACAUAAAGUCAUCUCACCUGAUGGAGAAGCCGUACAGCUGCCACUGCGGUGCUUCAUAUACUGUGAGACAAAGUCUGCUGAGGCACCAAGCUCAGCACAGGACAGAGGGAGCAGCUCAGGAGGAGGCAGAGGCAGGUCAUGGACUAGAGACAAGCGGCAGCGAGAAAAACGCUGUGAAAGAGUUAGCGGCUUUAAGCUCCAGUCACCCAAAGCCAAUCAGAGGCAGACCCAAGAAGAGCUCCCUCCCUCAAGAGGUAGGACAGAAGGAGGCAGGUGAUGUGAAGCGGAGAAGGGGGCGAGGAAAAGGGGAGGAACUGGAGGCAAAGGAGGUAGAAAGGAGAGUUCAAGAGGACAAGACACCAGGAGGAGGAGAUGGGGAGGCUUCGGAUGACAUCCAACACACCGUCGUCUACGUCCACACAGAGGACCUGUCCACGCCAAGCACCAACCCUAUGCUGCUCGCCUCGGGGGGCUCACUGCCCGCGGGGACGGGGCAGGAACUGGUGGAGGUGGUGAUAUCGGAAGGUGCAGAGCAGUGCAUUGUGGUCCAUGGACAGCAGACAGUGGGAGAGCUGCUGAUCUUACAGGAGGAGGGAAGCGGACUCUGCUCUGUGGCUCAGACUGUGGAGAUAAACACCAUGUAGCCUGAAAUCUCAGUUUCCUGAACCUGAUCUGUGGUGGUUCACUGUUUCACUGAGCCCUACAUCCAAACAUAAAGAGAUCAGAUCAUAUCACACUGUCACAGUAAUUAUCAUCAAUUCAUUAGGUUCAGUUCAUCUCCAUCCAUUGAUCCAUUAUCUAUACCGUUUAUCCGUUAAAGGUUGCAGGGGUGCUGGAGGCUUUCCCAGCUGACAUUGGGCGAGAGGCGGGGUACACCCUGUAUGGAUCACCAGUCCAUCACAGGGCCAACAUAUAAACCCACCUUCAUUCAACCUACCUCAUAUGCAUUUUCUUUAGUUUAUUAUUUUUGGCAUAUCCCAGAUUGCCUUUGAACAGCCUCUACAGAACAGAUGUGAACUCAUUAGACAGAAUUAGCUGCUGGUUUUAUUUUUAGGAGGGCAGAGUGAUAGCAAUAGCAAGUAGAAGUCCUACCCUUUACCCAGAUGCCAACAUAUUUUUUGCAGUCUGGUCUGUUGCAGAAACUGGUCCCUGAGCCUCUUCAGUGAUGGAUCUCCUUUGUGGCUGAAUGGUGAACAUCGGUACUGUUUGAUUCUGAGUAGCUGCUGACAUUUACUGGUGAUGCUUAAGAUAAAACAGAAUGCUUACUCUACUAGAGUCCAUUGAAGUCGCACUGGAAAUAUCUCAACUUGUCAUCCAGUCUCCUGCAUUUAGCCAGUUAUUCCCCAGAGUGUAAGGAAACACAAUAAAACAGCAAAACACAUCCAAAAACAAACUACUGUAUGUGUGUGUCUUCAUCUACAUAUGAAGGCCCCAACCCUAAACUUCUGCUCCCACACUCAAUCCAUGUAGGUCUCUGCUCAGGUUGGAGGUGGUUGCCAGACUUAAUGUAUUAAAAAGGUGAAAUUUUCUCCCCCUGACAAUUGAAACAAAGGUAAAACAAGACUGAGCAAGAUGAUCAAACACAGUCUGUACGCUCCUUUCUGUCUUUCUACCUCUUUGAUGCACAGGUAGUUCAAUUUAAUAAUAAACUUUAAGGUCACUGAUAUACUUUCCUUUUUCUAAUAUGUAUGUGUAGACAGCAGCUGUGACACCAGCAUCUUUGUUCACAUACUGGAAGAUAAAGUACAUCCACUAGAGCGGAUAUAAGGGUUUGAUCAUCCAUGCCUGAAAACACAAUAUCUUCCUUGUGAACUUCUGCCUCUUUACAACAUAAACAGAAACCAUGUUGACACUUGAGGAGGUGACAAUAUUGCUGAGAUCACAGCAGAGUAAACAGCAGCGGUGACAUUGUAGAUGAACUAUCAGGCACACAAGCUCUAUAAGUUUCUCUUAAAAAAAUUCUGCUUUUGCUAUGGUGAACCAAAACCUCUGCUGCUGACCUGAAGUUAUAAUACUGCCCCAACCAGUCAGGCUGAAUUGCAACCAGCGCUCUUUAGAAACGCAGGGCUUUGGAGGUGAUGCACAUGCACCAAAUGUAAGCACAAGGUAAUAACAAUAGUCGAGUUUAUAGUUUCAGACAAUAGACUAAAUAUAAACUGCAUGAGGAAGUCAAUUCCUUCACAUUAUUGCAUUAUAUGCAAGAACUCACUUUAUUAGGUACGUCUGUGCAAUCUAAUGCAGUCCAAAACAACUAUUCUGCCAGUCUAAACUUUGUAAAGGCAGAUGUUGCAGCCGAGCUGCUGUAUUGAAUUGCAUUAGAUUGCACAGGUGUAAAUUAAUGAACUGGCCAUGAAUGCUUUGCUGUGGUUGAAUAUAAAAAACAGAUGUCCUGUGUGUUUUUCCUGUGUAUUUUUUUAACCACUUUUUCUUGACCUCAGUGGAAAACAUCAUGAUGUCAACCGGCAAUGAACUGACUGCACUUACACAAGGCAUUGUAAUUAUGUGAUGGCAGAUGUUAUUGACAUCCAUCCAUUAUCUAUACCAUUCGUGCUUUAGGGUCUCAGGGGGGUUGGAACCAAUUCCAGCUGAUGGAUGGAUGAGUCACCAGUCUAUCAUAGGACUGACAUAUAGAGACAAACAACCACCGAUGAGGGUCAGAGAAGUGGACCAGCACUUACCUGGCUGAUACUUAGAUGAUUCACUCAGUUUGGAACCUUCAUGAGUGAAAAAGACCGCAGCUCAUGUUAAUUCUGUUUUUCAAUUUCUUUCACAGUAAUGAGAAGGGACCAACUGACUGGAGCAGUUUCUGUUUUGUAAAAAUGACUUAUUGAAAUGUUAGACAGAUUUUAGGGCACUCAGGUGGCUUAGGGUUUUAAGGCACUGACCCUGUAAUUGUAGCAUGUCUGGUUUAAGUCUGACCUUUGUUGCACGUCAUAAGUCAUCUCUCUCCCAUUAUUUCCUGAUGUCUCUCUAUACUGUCUGCUCUCUAAGGAGAGAAAUUAAAUUAGGAAGUUUUUCAGUUUUGUAUUUGAUAGCAGGAUAAAGCAGUGAAGUGCCAAGUAUCAACAAGUCGUAUCAUUUGGAAGCAAUGGACAAUACUUCUGUAUCACAUUGUGUAAUAUUUGAAAUUUGAGAGACAGCAGCAGUCAAGGCUUCAUAUUACACAUCUGUUAUUUCCAAACCGAGUUUUUUUCCUGGAAAUAACUGUUAUUAUAGGAAAAGCAGAGACAAAGCUUCUAAAACCUUUUAUAUUAAUUUGUUUGUUGUUAUGUUGUUUUAUCAUUACUCUCUAUUUUAUCUGUAAUUACUACCAAAUUAUAUGGCUCUUUCUAGGAAACAUUAUUGAUGAUUACUUGGAAAUAAAUCAGAAUUGAAAAAUAUUUAACAACAUUUCCUUUAAUGGUCACAAACAUCAGCUGCAGUUAGGAGCCAGUCACCCCCACAGUCUGCUGUCCUUUUGUCCUCUGAAACUUAUAUUUUAAAACUACAUUUUAAAUUAAUACUAAGAGUAGAAAGCAUGUAAAACAAAAAACAGAUUUAGUCCUAUCACUGAAAAUGGAGAAAAACACUUCAGCUGCUAUAGAGCCACAGGAUAAUGGACACCAGCAUCUGUAAAUGGCCCUCCAUACAACCAGAUCUCAAAAGCUGCUGGAUGUCUGACGCACACAGAUGUAAUGCAUAGACUUAAAAAGAAAGCUUCUAGUGUUUCAAGGAAAAGUAUCAAGAGUGCUCUUAACCUUCUCAAGCAGAUUGCUGUACCAUAAAAGGCUUGUAUGUGGUUAUCUUUCUCUGUCCUCCUUUGAGGACUGCAUGUAAAACAAAUACAUGCAGAUUAAGUAGAAAAUGGUGCAGUCCUGUUAGAAAAACAACACGUGCAAGGCCCCAUAGUUGCAGUCUUACUGCUACAACAUACAGUAAUAUAUCAGGCAAUACUGUGGUUCCAGCUGUGUGUCAACAUUCUGUUUGUUUCUCUCCUGUUUCAACAUGACAAAGUCCCUGUGCAUCUGGUGCAGAAAGCCAGCUCCAUAAAGAAAUGGUUUUCCAGUCUGAUGUAGAAGGAGCUGAGCAGCCUAACUGAGCCCUGACCUCAAUCCCCAACUGUGAGCCAGUGUAUGGAUAUUACAGCAGAGACAGGAGUUCACUUUGGUCUGGGCUAAGAUGAAUCCAGUUGUUUGCCGACACGUUCACCUGGUUACAGAAGCCAAGCUUGUGACUGGGAGGUCCCAGGUCAAUCCUGGAACUGGCAGGAUAAGACUGAGGUUGUACUUGGCGACUUGCAGGUGCGAACGUGUGUGAAUGUGCGAAUGUGAUCAGUGUGUUCCUGCAAAAGUGAGGCUUCCUCUCAGUGAAACCUCCCUGAAUAAAUAAGAUUGAAAGAAAGAUUUAAAAUUUAAAAGCACAGCAGCUGCUAAUAUCCCAUACUAUUAUUCUUCUCAACAAUGACCUGAUUGUAUUAACAAGUAUUGUUUGUGCGUCCAAAGCCUGAUAUUUUUCCCAGGCUCGUUUGUUUAUUUGUUUAUUUGCAGAGGUCUCUAGGAACCUGAUUUCAUUUGGUCUUUGCCUGCGUCCUUAAUCCUGUUAGUGAGCCUUUCAUUAUCACCUCACAAACCCCUAAUACAAUUGGUGGUGACGUGAGAAUUUUUUUCUGGCGUCAAGCUGCGAUGUUCCCACCGACCUGAAGCCCUGAAUGCUCUUUUGGUUGAAUAAAUGGCUCCAAAUGCGCCUGAUGUAAACGUUCCCCUGAGGGAGCUCGUCCAUUUGUGCUCAACUCGUCAGUGAAAGCGAGUGUCACUACAGUGGGAAGGUGAACUGUAUAUCCACUGUCCUUGAUCUGUUGUUAAGUAUGCCCGCAGGCUGUGGCAUCAUGGGAUUACCUCCUCGCCUGGAUUCAUGUCACGAGGGGUUUUGUGAUGUCUGACUUAAGAGGGUGUCUACCUCUGAAGCCGAUAUAAAAGGCAUGCGAGUGUCACAGCGUGCACUGUUGUGGGCUGUAUUCAGAUUCAGGAGGGAUGUAACCACACUGCAGGCGGAUUGUGGUGGAUCUGCCUACAUGUCGUUGUUCAGUGCCAGGCAGCUAAAUUAAGAGCAUCAGUGAGCGAUUAAAUAAAGAGCUUCUCACUCUCUCUCUCCACUCAUCUCACAGUAAAUGGGAAUUGAUUGAUGACCACUCAAAAGUUGACAUGAACCUAGAGCUAACGACUCUGUGAAAGAAACAGCUUUCUUUCGUUUCCUUUCAAUCGUCUCUCAUCAGCCCUGUAGACAUAUCUCCUCGUUCUUAAUCUCCUUUCUUGCCUUCUUUUUCCUCUCCUCUCCUCUCCUCGUUUGAUUCCUUUACUCUUACAUCUCUUCUUUUUCUCCUCUCCUCUUUUCUCUCACCACCAUCUCUCUUGUUUUCUCUUUUUAUCCUCUCCUCCUUUCAUCUCCU